AUGGAUGAAGCAGACGUGAUUAGUAUAACAAGACCAACAACUGAUUAUAAUAAUAUUGAAGAUGAAGAUGACCAAGUCAAUGUUGACAUUGAAAUGUCUGAUGGUCAAGAUCAAGGCAAUUCAAUUGUUACUCCUGGUGAACUAAUAACAGAAGACCCAAUCUGGAUGAAAGGUCAUGGUACAUACUUUUUAAAUGAUAAAACAUACUCAUCAGUAGCAGGAAACAUUUCAAGAGUUAAUAGAUUAUUAAGUGUUAUACCAUUAAGAGGAAAAUAUAGCCCAGAAACCGGUGAUCACGUGAUUGGGCGUAUUACUGAAGUUGGUAACAAACGAUGGAAAGUAGAUAUUGGAGCUAAACAAGAUGCUGUUUUAAUGUUGGGUUCAGUGAAUUUACCAGGUGGUGUUUUACGAAGAAAAUCAGAAUCUGAUGAGUUACAAAUGAGAAAUUUUUUGAAAGAAGGUGAUUUAUUAAAUUGUGAGGUGCAAACUAUAUUCAAUAAUGGUAUGGCUUCAUUGCAUACCAGAUCUUUGAAAUAUGGAAAGUUAAGAAAUGGUAUUUUUUUGAAAGUACCAAGUUCAUUGAUUGUCAAAUCCAAGAAUCAUGCGUUCGAUUUACCAGGUAAUGUUUCCAUUGUGCUAGGAUCCAAUGGCUACACAUGGCUUUAUAAAACUCCAAAGACAAAUAAAUCUAAGGAAAGCAGUGCUCCUGGAAUUACAAGACUCGAAGAAGAAAGUUCAUGGGAAAUUUACAGUGACAAGAAUGAGUUUAUUGAUGUUCAAACCAGGCAUAACAUAGCUAAAUACUAUAAUAUUUUGAAAUCAUUAGCUGCUAAAGAACAAAAAAUAAAUAGUGAAGUAUUAAUCGAAGCAUUCGACUAUUAG